AUGACGAUUCAGCUACUGACGUCGGUUCUGGUGUUCGAGGGUCUCCUGCCGUCAUACUACAACCACAAGAAGUUCCUCUCCUUCGUACGCCAACUCAACUUCUACGGCUUCAAGAAGGUCAAGGGAGGUGCGUCGACACGCUCGAGGACUUCUGCAGCCGAUUCACAGGGCGAGGCGGGCGCGGGGUCGACCGGGGCAAGAGAAUCGGAUUCGUGGGAGGAGUUCAGGCACCCGCAGUUUCGCCGGGGCCGGAGGGAUCUCCUCGUGGGCAUAAAACGGCAGAAGGACGGCGGUCGCUUGAAGCGAAAACGAGCCGAUUCGCAAAAGUCGGACAUUCUGACCACACUAAGAGCGGACGUGGACACGUUGAGCGAGGACUUGAGAGAAGCGAACGGCAAGCUCGACACCAUUAUAUCGAUGCUGAUGGGGGCAACCAGCGGCAACCACCCCCAGCAGGGAGGUGGACCGGUUCACAGCAAUCUCCUGAUGCACCUUCAGAAUGGCGGUAACCCCGGUGGUGGUAAUGGCGGUGGCCGCGGUUUUAAUUACGGUGGCGGUGGUGGUGGCGGUGGCACCAGCAGCAACCCGGCUUCCUUUCUGCCCGUGACUACCCCUGGCACCGCCACUCACGGUGGUGGUGGUAGCGGUGGUGGAUUUGGGCAGUGGGGAGGGGGUGGAGGUGUCAGAGGUGGCAACAUGGGUCCAGUUGGCCAAGACCCAUACAUGUAUGGAGCACCAAUCAGCAAUUACAUGGCUCCGCGUUUUUCUACUGAUCAGCAGCAACAGCAACACCAGCACCAAUAUCAGCAGCAGCAACAACAGCAACAACAACAGCAGCAGCAGCAGCAGCAGCAACAACAGCAGCAGCAGCAACAACAACAGUGGCAGGGCCACCAGCUUUACUCGCAACCGUGCCAGCAGCCCCCCCUCGCAGAACAAUAUCCUGUGGCGCCCAACCAGAUCCGAUACCAGAUGGCACAACAGCCAGUACAGCCGCCCGUAGGCCCUGCAGCUGCACCUGCAGCAGCUACGAUACCAGCAGCUGGAGUACACACUUCAGAUGUUACUCCCCCCACUGGGUCCUCGCGACAGCAGCUUCCACCGCGAGUCUCUAAGAACUCAUCCAAGAUCCGCCCCCCGAACAGAGGGAGCGGUAGCGGAGGCGUUGGUGGUGGGGCCAUCGGUGAUGCCUCUCCUCCUCCCCCUCCUCCUGGCACCGCCGUUCCGCGCGACCUGCAGCAAGAGCAGCAGCAACUCUCGUGGGUGUACCCCCAGUCGCCCAUGGCGAACGCUAGCAGCGCGUCGACCGCUGUCAAUACUCUCUCCGGGCGGGCGGGGGGAGGUGGGGGUGCGGAGCUGUCGCGUGGACCCAUGUCUGGGCUCCAAGUGCUGUCGCAGUCCGCUGUGAGCGCCGUGGAAACGGACAGGGGUAGGCACAGCAACACGCAGUCUUCACCCGGGUGCGACUAGAAGAUCCGGCGUGCAACAACAGCAACCAUGAAACUACACGCAUACAAAACACGUAGCGACACAUAUAGACAGGUGUAUAAGGAGAGGCAACAUUGCGAUUCUAGUGUCCCCUCUACAUGCCUUUGCGUGCGCCCAUGACGCUCGAUUGCUAGGUCAUUUCGUCAUUUUGAUAUUCCAUCCCAUGGGGUAACUCAUAUUGGAGGGCAGUUCGUUUCGCGAUUUGUAUCGCAACAUCUGUAGAGAUGCUGGACGGUCCCACAGUUUUGUUGGCAAAGCACGAUGAGGAUUUCUCCUGUGGUUUGUAGGGGUCUAUAGUAGCUUCUAGCUACUUUUGGGGUCCAUGUCGGGUACAUCGAUAACGUUAUCGUAUGCAAAGCUGUGAGGUUUUUGAAUGGUUCCCCUAUUCACGGGAAUUUUUGUCGCCAUCGCUCGAAUGUCGGGAGAACGUAUUCCACUUUAGCAUGACGUCAAUAGGGAGGCUCGCGGUGUACUUCGAAGACAUUUUACACCUACCAAGUACAACUAUAUGUAGGAGGCAGAGGGGGGUGGGAAGGGCAAGUGAGAGACGAAGUACACCUACCAAGUACAUCUAUAUGUAGGAGGCAGAGGGGGGUGGGAAGGGCAAGAGAGAGGCCAGUUUCCGCGCUCAGUCGCGUUACGCAGAUGAGACCGUGACCGCGAUAGGAGUAGUACUGUGGUGCGCUCGCAAGAUGUACAUGAUACACAACUGAACGGAAAGAUCUCGGAUUCCUUGGAGUGCGUCUACGGCCGGCGCACACUCUGAAAUCAGCGGCUCCUUCUGUAUACAUACGAAAGUGAGCGUGCCGUUUUGAGAGCGAUGAGCGUAGGAUUGUAGGUCACCUUGGGAGAUUGGUCGUCCAAGCUCAGAAUGGAGCGUAGCACUACGUACGCAGUUCUGAGUGAGGCGAGAUUCCUCACGGAGAGUUGUUACAAAACGCGGAAGAAGGGAAGCAAAAGUGAGUCAGCUUUGCCGUAUCUCUUAAGGAGAAUAAACUAUACGUACCACAUAUUUAUUAACCCUGGCUCUCGGCAGUCAGGACAGUGAUUGCCCUUGGAUGAGCCUUGCGAGCGUUGGUUCUCACACGGUUCAAAGAAACUCCCGUCGGCAAGAAGAGUGACUGCAUUGAAUUGGUGGAAGAGAUUGGUUGUGGUGUCCACGUGAUUCCUUCGAUGGGGUACACCCCGGUGGUCUAGUGGGUAGCCUCGCAGCCUACUAAGGGCCAGGUCAUGGGUUUGAGUCCCGGCAGAGAGUUUUUUUCUCACUAAAUAAAUCCUGGUCUAGGAUGAAAGCGACGCGCUGCAAAGCUCGUUUGUUAGUAAACCAUAAUCGACUUCGUAAGUCGCGAGGGAAGGGAUUGCUGUACCCUUCUCGCGAUAAAAAUACCUCAGGCAUGAACCGCAGGAGGGGGUCCAACCCCCCCCUCCUAUGUGACACCGGUUGGGUCGUCUAGCUAGUAGAAGUGGAGGAUAGGGGCCAGAGGGGCAGACGGCAGAGUCCAAUGAUGGGAGAAAAACAAAAAAAAACAAAAAAAAACUAAUGUUACCCCUACCUGUUCGCGGGUCUAAGCGGCAGUUGAUCUCAAUUUGUGCAGACGCACACCAGGACAAAAUGUAGGGCAUGCAUGUGUCCAAGCUGCUCGUCCGGGAGAGCAAGUGGUUGUCGAGAUCGACUCUGACCGAGGGUAGCAGGGACCGACUCUGACCGAGUGAGCCGCCUGGUGCUGCCAGAACUAUUUACUCGGGCAAACUGCAACAGCAGAGGAUGAGUUGUAGCUACAAUAGCUGCGUCAUGUUGGUGAUUUCGUGUGUGUGUGUAGGAAUGAAUGCUAGGUGAACAAAAAUAACUCUUCAUUGUGUCUUUCUUCAUUUUGGUACAGGCUGAGUUUGUUGGUGUGGCGUCCUCCAUGCACAGUACGAGAUGUAAUGGCAUGUGCACACUCCUCUGUAUUUCGAUGGACCUUACUGUAGGAGGCCUAAACCUAACGAAAUCAAUACAAAAAGAAGUAAUAUUUUAAUGAUACUGCAGCAUUUUUAUCGCGGACAACCAACCGUGAUAUACAUUUCUAUGAGAAUACUCAAUGCAAUAAUGGGCUGCUAGCUCUGGUUUCCUCCCCACCCACUGCAAAGACUAAGACUUCAACACAUCCCCCUUCGACUGUGCUGUGUGGUAUUAUCUCAAACGGGCACAGUAGUACACAUAGUCUCUCCUUUGGUUGUACAUAUAUAGACUUAUGUAUAUCUACGUACAUCCACACAUCAACAAGUUCAAGUGAAACAAGAGAAGUAAUAACUACCACCGACACGUUUUUUUUGGUCUCUUCGCCGCCGCCAUGGAUGCAUUUACAUAUUUAUAUGCAGCAGAGAGACGUUUAUCGGCAUAGACAAUCAAAUAUUUGUGAUACAAGCUGGUUCAGGGAAAUGGAUACAAGAAGAUUCAACAGCAAAACUUCACGCCGUUUUUAGGAGUUAGACUCUGAAACUUUGCACACAUGUACCUUGGGUCAUUACAAAACGCUGUGUGGAGGGGCCUUUUUUUUUUCCCUGUCGCCGGAUAUCCGGGGUCCUAGAGAUUUCGGGGUCGUGUGCGGCUCCUGGGACCCCGAAUAACUGGCGACCAUGGAAGGAAAUGAAAAAGGCCCCGCCACACAGCGUUUCGUAAUGACCCAAGGUACAUGUGUGCAAAGUUUUAGAGUCUAACUCAUAAAAACGGCGUGAAGUUUUCAGCUCUUGUGCCAUGAAGUAUUUCGCAUCCUGGAUUUCCCCAAACUACUUGAUUAAAGUAUGAAACGGCGAAAUUCAGGUUCUUUUGGCGCCCAAACGACCCCAUUUCAUCAGUUCAUCGAAUUAGUUCAUGAAAAUUCAUAGACACGGUCUUUGGAAUAUGUAGGUAAGGUAGAAUCAAGAAAAAAAAAAUAACAUAUUGGGACAGAUUUUUGGGGUCCCGCAAAAGGGGCUAUCUCCAACGCAGUUUGGCCCACCGACGGCAAGUCAUAAAUCGACCAUUUUUCGACCGUAUUAGGCCAGUUUAUGGAAGAUGUCGACGAAACUCCAUGCGAAGCUUCAUUGCACUGUAACGGUGUCGUUGGUUAGAGAAAGAAUCACAAACAGCCAUGUUACCGGCAUGUUGGGGUCUGCAAGAGAAUCUACCUACUUUUUAGACGGAAACACCGACCGUGCUGCCCCGAAGAGAGAUUUUUUAUCAUCGCAGCGCGGCCUUGUGCCAGCUUAACUGGGUGAUAAAACACUGUUGAUUCAUGCACCGAGAACGCAAACAUGCCAACAUGCAUGGACCGGUUUGCUGAGGGUCACACCGCACCGAACGAAUACUAUGUCGAGACGGGAUAACCCGAUCGACAGGCAUGAAAAACGCACCAAGUCCAUCACUUCAUAAAAAAAUACAACCGUACUCUGUGCAACCAAUGCAUUGGGCUAUAGGAACUGUUCCAAAAUAAUCAAAGACAUAUCAACCGGUUAUCCGGGGUUGCGUGCACCCUUGAAGCCUCGUCCAACGCCGCGGCCGCUGCGUGUGCGGCGAGAACCUCCGGAGGGUCGGCCACGCUGAUGUCGCUCGUGGGUGCAUCAAUCACCGGGGGUGGCUGCUCGUGAGGCUCCAGCAGCGUGACGUGUUGCCCCUUCGUUAGCGUGGAGAACAUAGCCACGGCCUGUGCGUCCAUUGCAGCAGCCUCCUGGUCGCACUCUGCAACCCGCCGCUCCAUGUAUCUCCUCCGCUGUUCUGAUUUGCGAUCGCGCCUGACGUACGCAAACGCCCGGCGCCCGAGUCCGGCGUUACGCAACCUGCUGCAGCGUAGGCGCAUCAGGAUUCUGGCCUCCUGCUGCAACCCCCUCAAAGCUCUAGCGCGUCCCGCUUGUUUUUGGAUGGCACACUUCUUGGCGAAUUCGCAGUUAGUUCGGCGUCGUGCCUGAACACCGGUGGGGGGUAAUUUUAACGGAGGACAGACCGGAACAUACGGCGAUAGUAUGGCUGUUAAUUAAACUGUGCGAUGAAGCUUGGGUACAAGGACUGUGUCUUGGUAGAAAAAACCAAAGAGCGCCUGCUAGAGGACCGUUACUCAAAUUGAAGAAUAACCCGUGAAUGUCAAUCCUUGUACUCUGCAAAACACACAGCCUCGCGUCGUGCAAUACGACAGCCCCUCUAAGCCAAUGUUGGUGUCUGUGUUUAUCAGUGGGUGCGGUAUGCCCUUGUGUCGGUUGCUGCUGGACGCGACUUGUAAGAGUUGGGCACCUUGUUUUUGAGACGGGUUGCAUGUAUACAAGUUCGGGCCUGACUUGUACACAAUGUUUUCUUGUACAAUUGCGUGCUGCUGCUGUAUGCCCUGGUGCGUUCAAUAAAAUAGAGACAGUUUGUAAACACAAGUUCGGAUCUGGCGUGUACAACCACUUUGUACUUCUUGUAUGUACACUUGCGUGCUGCUGAGCACUGCUGUGUUCUAUUAGAAGCACAAAUCAGAGAUGGGUUGUACAAUACACUAUACUAUUUUGUAUCAAUACGAGUAGUACUGCACUGCUGCAUGCUGCACAACUCGUCUACUCUGUUCAAGAUUGUCCGAUGCAAACAACGGGAUUCAUGUCGAGGUUCUCCAGUGCAUACAUACAUAUGGAUGCUGUUGUACUGCAACUUGCCGUUUUUUCACACAGCUACACUUGUCAUGGAAAACACGCACCAACCAUACGCAUGAACGCCGGCUAGUCUUGUUGCAGAUGUCACCAUCGUGCUAGCAACGCGCCCGCCUGGUUGCUACUUUGCUGCAUGUUUCAACCCACCACGGAGUACACACCCUGCCGCUUUGCUGCUACUGCGGUUGUACAGCAGUACUGCUGUACAGCAACUGCCGCAGCAGUAGCUACGUGCAGCAAGUUCCGCUCAGUAAUCGUAGACUCACCGUGCUUGGGCGACAAGCUCCGCCUUCGCAUGGGCUUCUCCAGCUCACUUGUCCAGUUGUCCGCGUCUCCGAGCGCUUCCGCCUUCGUCUCAUACGUGAAGGCGGUGUUCUUGCGAAUGCCCGUCGCAUGUGGCCGUGGGUGAUGCGUGCAUCUGAGCCUCCAACGCUUCGUGUUGCUGCACUGCACUGCGCAAACUUGCGAUACUUUGCGUUUGUGGGUGUCAGCGUUGGGAUCCACACUUUGUAGUGGCUCCAUUGUGGAGGGUCUCCUUGCGUACGAGACGCGUGUGCAGAGGUACUCAGCUGGUUGUACAGCAGCACCGGUGCAGCAGGAGCUGCGACAACGGCUGAGAUUUUCAAAACAAAAUGCGGCGUAAUUAUGUUUUUUGUCCCCGUUUUGGGAAAAGCCUGCAUAUCAUCGAAAUAUUUGGAGGCUCCUCAUUGGCUGAGGCACGUAAUAGCCCAUAUCUUCCCAGCGAAGCCUUAAAUCGGAAUUCCGGCCACGAUGAUUUGUUCCUUUGCUCGUGGGGGUCACUAUGAUACUGCUUUUGUCAACAUUAUGUACAAAAUUCGUCUGGCAGGAGUGGUUGAAUAAAUUUU